AUGGGCAAGAAGCUGCACCUGCGGCAGCGCGUGGUCGCCACCGCCAGCAUCUACUUUCGUCGCCUUUAUCUCACGUACAGUGCGCCUACUCUCAACUUCACUAUGAAUAGUUUCGUGGAGUACGACCCGCGGCUGUUCGCUCCGGGCUGUCUCUACCUGGCCUCCAAGAUCGAGGAGUGCAUGACACACGCCAAGCAGUUCGCCUCCCAAGCCAACGAAAUCAUGAAGAACAAUUGGCCCUACACGAUGAACGACAUUCUUGAAAGUGAGUACUUCAUCAUGGAGGAGAUGAACUUCAAGAUGAUCGUGUACCACCCGUACCGUGCGCUGACACAAUUCACAUCCGACGCUGUGAUGAGCCUCAACUUCCUGGAAAACGCCUGGUAUCUGGUGAACGACUCCUAUCGCACGGACGUGAUGCUGAUGUAUCCGCCCCACAUCGUGGCGCUGGCGGCGAUGAUGAUGAUCGCCCACAAGGAUGGCGUGAACCUACGACCAUGGCUCGCCACGCUCAACGUCGACAUGAAAGAGGUGUGGGUGGUGCUGGAGACGCUGCUGGAUCUGUACAUAGUGUGGAACAAGAUGAGCGAUGACGAGAUCGGGUCGAUCCUCAACAAGAUCAGCCUCAAGUGGAAGGAGAAGCGCAAUCCGCCAUCCGUGCCCCUCGACGUCAAGCCCCCCGCCCUACAAAACAUCGCCACCAGCUGA